AUGCCUGACAUCCAUAUUCAGGUCGCUGGAGACACUCCCGCCCAUCUCCUGGUAUAUCCACUCCCAGAUCCACCCCUAACUGACCGAACUCCCCCAAAAUUCGGUGUGCAAAGGUACCAUGCUGGAGCUGCGCUCAUUGCCGACCUUUUGCACGCCUCAGCUGGUGAACACAAUCACAAAGUGCACGGGCCGGCCCUGGAGACCCCUAAAGAUGGUUCUCUCGAGCAUUCGGCGUCUGCUAUCACAGAGUUGGAAGUCUUCGGCAACGCAGACGCUAAGCUGCCCAGUUAUAAAGUGAAGCACAGCCGGCCGCUCGAUACAAAUCCAGAAUGGUACCCUCCUCGGGGCUCGCUCAAGACCACUGACAAAGUGAGCGUCCUGAUCUUUCAAGACGCGGAAUCUCCUUUCACAAACCCCGCCGAUGCAGUGGAAUUCUUUCGCAAGAGCCGGCCGGAAAUCCUCAUCUAUCACAUGUCCAGAUCCUCAAGUUGCCCUCUCGGGACUGGGGAAAUUUGGGAUGCUGUUCGCCGCGGACCUUAUAAAACGAAGGACCUUCAAGAUCCCGAAAGGCUUAUUGUUGUCCUCAACGCAGAUGACCUUCGCGCUGAAGGGGUCGAAUUGCAUCACGGCCUUUCUUGGGAAAAGACAUGUGAGGAUUUCGUCGAAAAGCUUGGUUCCAAGGGUCAACUAGACACCUUAGCCACCUGCGCCAACCUCCUAGUCCUUUUUGGGUGUGACGGCAUUAUCUAUCACCGUGGCCGGGAAAUGGAGGAGCCCACUCUGUUCUUUGAUCCCUUGGGAGUGGAGGGCAGGUUCUACAGGCAACAUAUCGGUUCUGUUCCUGGGGUAGUGGAAGCUUUUGUUGGAGGUCUGGCUACUGAGAUAGCACGGUCUCCUCCUGGAACUUCUCUCAACGCGGCUAUCAGUUUUGGCUUCAUCACUGCCAGGCGUCUGGCCAGGUUAGGCUUCGGGACCAGCGAGGUUCCUGGGUGGCCUAGGUAUCCUUUCGAGGACGUCGUCAAGAAAGCUACGGAUGCGAAAGAAUCGCCAAUCACUCUCGAAAUUCCAUCUGAAAGCAUUUCUGCCGGCGAGAAACGGCAUUGGUCUAUUCUACACCACAACAUUGGAGAUCCUGUGCAAGUGGCGUGUCGUAUCGUGUCGGCCGGAACCGACUCCGCUGCAAGCUGGAUCCCCAUCGCCAGCUUUGGUCGCCUACGCGUCCUGGACAGGUGGGAAAUUGAAGGAUUCCGCAAUAUCUUCAAUGCUAUACGAGAAUACCUAUCAGCUCCUCAGGUCAAACCGCUAAAUAUUGGAAUCUUCGGGUCUCAAGGAUCUGGAAAAUCCUUUGCUACCCGUGAGGUUGCAGAAGCCGCAAUCUCACCUGCACGAAGUGGCCGGAAGAUUCAACACCUGCGGCUCAACCUUUCCCAAUUUACCAGCCCCGAACAUCUAUCUGCCGCUUUCAACAAAGUGCGAGAAUGCAAUCUUUCAGGAACUCUGCCUUUGGUCUAUAUUACUGGAUUCGACGCAGAAUUCUCUGGUCGUCGCCUCGGUUGGCUAACCCAUCUAUUGCUUCCCAUGCAUAUGGGCCAGUUCCAAAGUCGUGGCGAGAUGCAACAUAUCGGCCCUGCGAUCUUUCUUCUGGGGUCUAGUUUGACGACGUCUUUGAAAAGCUUCGAGGAGUUCUCCAAGAAGAAUACCGCUGAUGAAGAGGUCCUACCCAGAGCCCAAGAAUUCCUGAGUUGCUUGCAUGCUUUCGUCGAUGUGAUUGGCCUUGAUCAAGUCAAUCCAUCUGAUGUCUUGUAUCCCGUGCGCCGGGCGGUGGUGCUUCGGGCAUUGCUGGAAGAAAGAGAACCAAAACUGAAGAUGGGCAAAGGCAUCUCCAUUGAUCAGAGCGUCCUUGACGGCCUCCUUCUAAUCCCCACCUACCGACAUGGACUUCGAUCCUUGAAGUCCAUAAUAGCCUUGAGUAAAGUCACUGGGAAACGCCAUUUCGAGCGAGCAGCACUGCCAUCCGAAGCGCAGUUGGGCCUGCACCUCGAUUAUCCAGUAUUUAUGGAGUAUUCACGAUACAACACGCUGUCUGACGGUCUCAGGGAGUCUAUCUCCGAGAAACUCCACAAUGUCUAUGUCGGAAUAAGGAAAAGAAUGGCCAGCACAGAUGAAGAGAAGCAGGCUCUAAAGAAUGACCCUUCGUUGGUCGCAUGGCCGGUGCUGACGGAAGAACUCAAAGAAUCGACACGCGCGCAUACGGUCGACAUCCCUCGGAAGCUCCGCAUGAUAGAUUGUUUCUUGGGUGAAAUGGAUAUCUCUCGCGAAGCCGUUGAACAUUUCGAGGACAAGGAACUAGACUUGUUAGCUGAGAAAGAACACGACCGGUGGAACGCGGAGCGUCUACAGAACCAGUGGCAUCAGGGGAAACGCGAUUCGAAGCAGCGGACAAGCCCUUUUCUAAUUCCCUGGAGAGAUCUUGAGCAGAAGUGGCGAAAUGUUGAUCGCGACAUGGUCAAGUCCUAUCCCACAAUCUUGCCGGACAACUACAAAAUCUACCGCAUUGGGAAGGUUGAAAAGACGAAGCUCAAUGAGUUGACAGUGGCAACGAAACGGGUAACGAUGGAAUGGUAA